AUUUCAUCGAUUACGUCACAGUUUAUGUGCACAUACGCGUCACGUGAUACACAAUAAUAUUUCGAGGGACAAACAUUGCAGUUUUUCGCGCGCCUCUAUUUGACAGUUGUUUUGACGUUUACCCGCAUCCAUAUUAACAUGGCUUCUACAUCGCCUUUGUUUAACGUGUCUCUGCUGCUUGAAGAUGUCCCUGGAGCUCAGUUUAUUUAUCCAGACGUCGACAGACAUUCAGUUGUUCAGCUGAAACGGUGGUUGGAGUGCCGAGGCCUGCCGAUGACAGGAAGGAAGACCGAACUCGUCGAAAGAUGUCAAGAGUGCAUCACAGCUCAGCAGAACACGAACAUUGCCAUUUCCAUUGAUAAUGGGAAAUGGUACCAAAUAAAGGUUCAAGAUGUUUUGGCAUCUCUUAACAGUUCAAGUCCGUGUUCGGCUGUGAGGCAACCUCCCACACCACCUAUCACUGGAUGGAAGGCCUUCCCUUCUGGCAACAUCCCACCAACCUUCUCAUAUGGCGAUAUAUACCAGUAUAUCAUUGCAUCAGCCAGACUACAGCCUCUACCACAAGUCACUCCUAUCAAUGACAGUGAUGAUGAUGAUCAGGACAACACCUUCAGCACUGCAAAGCCAAUGAAGAAGGGACGAGCUUUUUUUAAGAGUGGCCACAUACAAAAUAUUCAAACAUGUUCUAAAAAUGAGUAUUAUUAUCUUAAAUGUGAAUGUCUUCCAUCAUACAGACUAGGUAUGAUGUACCAUGUACAUGUUACUCUUGAUAAUUUUGCAGUCAUCCAGGAUGCAUCAUGUGAUUGUGUAGGUUCAGCCACUGGACGUUGUAGCCACAUUGCAGGAUUGUUGUUUGCAUUAGAGGAUUAUACUGUCAACUUUGGCUAUACAGCACCCUCAUGUACUUCUUUCUCUUGUUCCUGGAAUAAACCCCGAAACAAAACUAGAAACCCACAACCUGCCCACACUUUGCAGUACAGCAAAAAGAGAGCUCCUAACCGUGUUAUUGAUCAUGACCCAUGUCCUGUUGUAGAUCAGUCUCACAGAGCUGACAGUAGUUUUGCAACUGCUUUCAUUUCUACUGCACUUGCCUUGGAUACAAAUACUUCAUGGCAGAGUAUCCUAGAAAUUACUUAUGAUGAUUAUGAAUUGUCUAAUGACUUGAAGUUAUAUCUCAUGGAUAAAUGUGAUGUUUUCAUUGAAAAUGUGAAAGAAAGUAUUUCAGAGUAUGGAGUUGGCCCUUGUGAAGUACCUGGUACUGUGGGUCAAGCAAUUUCUGAUCAGUGGCAUAAUGCCAGGUGGUACAGAGUGACAGCAUCUAUUUGUAAAGACUGUUCUAUGGUAUCCACAGAUCGAGGUAGAUAUCGCUUGUUAUCAUCACAUGUAUGGGGUAUUGAUUGUUUUAAUACUGUUGACAUGAGGUAUGGAUCACAUAAUGAAAAAAAAGCCUUUGAAGACUAUUCAUUAAAAUAUGUAGAAACAUUUACCUGCCUUGCAAGUGGUUUCUGGAUAAAUUCGAAGUAUCCUGAACUAGGAUGUAGCCCUGAUGGCAUCUUACAGUCUCUCAGUACAGAUGUGGCUGAUGGUGUUUUAGAAAUUAAGUGCCCAUCAGUACUUGAAAACAUUAAUCCAACUGAGGCAAAAGAAAAACUUACAAAGAAGCAAUACUAUUCAUUUUGCAGCACUUUCGAAAAUGGCAGACUGAAAUUGAAAAGGAAUCAUAAAUAUUAUUUCCAAUGUCAAAUGCAAAUGGCCAUCUGUGAAAAAUCUUUUUGUGACUUUGUAAUAUGGUCGCCUGAGGGUAUGUCAGUAGAAAGAAUACCCUUCAAUAAAUUAUUUUGGGAACAGACAUACCGCCUCUUGAAAAUAUUUUACAAAAAUAUUCUAGUUCCUGAGAUAUUUGAAAUGAGAGUACCAAGAAAGCUACUUCCCUUUGAUCUGUCCAAGUAAGCAUAACAAACAUGUAACAUGAGUGAAUGUCCAUAAAAAACAAGACACAGAAGUUAAUGGUCAGUGUGUUACAUUUAUUCACUUCAACAUUUCUUUGAUCAUAGAACUGAAUCACAUGAUGUAUUAUUUCGAAAUUUUAAUGCAUCUGCCGUCUUGUUUAUUUGACUUAUUGACUUUUGCCAUUGACUUUUUACAUUUCUUGGUGUGAAUGUUGUCCAAACUGCACGAAAUUGCUUAAAAUGCAAUCAAAUGUUUAAAAAUUUUCUGGGGGGGGGGGGAUGCCCCCAGACCCCCCUAGAAUUUUCCUCUUUUGGGAAAACCUGCUCACAUCCCUGUGUAUAAUUCAGCUUUUUUUGAAUACACUGUACAGUGUAUCCCUGUGAGGUUGUCAUGAUUAUUAGUACAAUAUACUUCAUGUGUAAACUUGACAUUAUACUAGGUGAGCUCCAUAUCGUACCACACUUAUGGUGAAUAUUUUUCUUGUGCUGCAUUCAUAAAGAAAGUGAAACACCUUUGCUUCCAGUUAGUAUGGUGAGGACUAGUACUUGUUCUCAUUAUUCAAGCUAGUAAACAUUUCAACAUUUUUUCACUUCUAAUUGUACAUAUGCAAUGUGAGAAUGAUGAAAGUUAAUAACUAGUAUGCAUGGUGUACAGCUUUAGCAAAGCAACUAACUGUAUUCAAGUUAUGUUCUUACGAAUACAUUUGAUAACUAAAAAACACUAAUUUUAGAUUUCCGCAGUGUUUAUUUGCCUCGAUUUACAACCAUGUAAAUUACCAAAAAUGUGAAGUACUGUCAUUUGUAAUUAUUUUUAUACUUCAUGGACUAAGUAUUUCACAAAUGUGGAUACAAGUUAACUUUGAUCAACACAGCAUGAAGAGAUUUUGUCGCAUAACUACUUACUGAUGCAAGUACAUGUACUGUCAUAAAUCGUACAUAUGUAACGAAGAUUCAAAAUUGCAUGUGGUACCUUCAGAAUCAGGAAGGAGAAAAGGACACAUUUGAGUUUAAAAUACAUAAUAUGUAAUAGAAACAAUCAUAUCAUGAAAACAAAACCAGUAAUGACUUCCUGAAACAUUUAUUGUUUUCAAGGAACAAGAAGUACUAAGUUGACACAAUCAGAACAUAUUUUUCAUUGUUUAGAGUUUAACAAACAAUUAUGGCGGUGACAAAAUGGUUGGGCUGAAAGGCAUAAAAAUGUUUUGCAUAUCUACAGCGGUAAUGUUAUUAAUAUUUUUCAUUAUUACUAUUUUCAAAGUAAUAGUUACAUUGUUGGAAUAUUAUUUUAUCAUAAACUAGAUCAGUGGAGACAUGCAGAUACUGUUACAAUUGAAACAAUGGUUGUGAGUGUGUAGUUUUUUUAAUAUAACCACGAAUCAUACUUCUCGCUGAGUGAUACCUCCGUAAUGUUUACUCUUGUAGUCUUGACAUGUCAAUUAUUCACGCUGUACAAAAGUGUGCAUACCUCCUAUACGGAGACUGGGUCAAUGUUUCAGGCCUGUUCCCAGGACAGACAUAUCAAUUUGUACAACAAUACCAUGUUCAAAUGAUCAUUCCAAUACAUGCUGCAGUUGUUGGGAAAAAUACCUUGAUAAACAGUGAAAUAAUUGUAAUACCUUGUAUUCUAAUAACAGUUAUGACGAUACAUCUCACCUUCAGGGACAUGUAAUAACACAGGUGAAGUACUACAGCCAACAAUGCUGUUAAAUAUUAAAGUGGUUCAAAGCUCAUAUGAUGAUGGCUGCAUGUCUUUGAAGAAAGUUUAGCAUGAUUCCAAAAACGAUUUUCUGGGAUAAUAUGUAUGAACAUUAUGACACAGAACAGAUCACAAUUGUGAAUGAUUCAAACAUCUACAUUCACAAAAAUAAAACUGAUUAACUAAUUAGUAGCUAUUUGAUAAGGACGCAGUGAAAACUGAAACAGACAUGAGUCUAAAAUUGUUCACCAGCGCCAGCCGUGGACAUAUACAUGAGGUGUCAAUAAAAAUUUGACGCGCAA